UUUUAUAUUUUGUUCUAAGCCUCAGUAAAAUGUGUUUCAUGUGAGUAAAACCCACACAAAAGGAGCUAAAUGGAAAUUCCAAUUCAAGUUGCUGUGCGUAUAUGCCCACCAAAGCUGUUACAACAACCGCAGCCAGGUGGAAAAAAUUCUGGAGCAGGUAUUAUAGAGGAUAACAAUGGAAAUUUAAAUCAAGCAGCAGAAGAAGACGAUGAAGAUUUUGGCAGAACGGAGUUUAAAGUAGAUGAAGAUGAUGAACGGGAUAGGAAAUGCUGUGUACGUUCGAUACCCCUAGCGGCCAGAAGGCCCGGCAUUCCCCCACCUGGCUGCAUGGAUCCACCUGGUGUAGUGCAGGUGGGGCCUCACUCAUUCCCAGUCACCCAUGCUCUACCAGUGAACUGCACACAAAAUCAAAUUUAUCACCAAACUGUUUUUCCCUUGAUGAGUUUGUUUAUGGAGGGAUUCGAUGCAUCUGUAGUGGCUUAUGGGCAAAAGGGUAGCGGAAAAACAUAUGCCCUCUAUGGUAAUGGUUUCAAUGAUUCGCCUGAAAAAGAUGACCAUGGCGUAGUUGCCCGUUGUGUUAGGGAAAUAUUCAAUCAUAUCGCCCAUCAUCCUGAGCGCACUUAUGCUGUGAACAUAACGUGGGUUGAGAUUUGCAGGGAAAUUAUACGAGACGUUUUUGGUGUGGGCAGUGUGCAGUGCAUGAAUAUGACCGAUGCAUUUCAUUGGCUUAGGGUUGGCUAUAAGCUAUUAAACAGUACAAAAACUCAGAUGGGCCAUUCCCUGUUCAGCAUUACAUUGGAACAGAGAUGGAUAUCGAAGGAAGGUUUAAUACAGCAUCGUCUCUCGACGGCCAGUUUCACUGAUUUGGGAGCAACGGAGCGUUUGUUUAUGUUGAAUUCGUUAGAACAGCCCACUAGCUUGCCCAAAGAUUUGGGCUUGCAGUCAUUGGAGCGUGUGGUUAGCACUCUCAUUGAUCCUUCCCUGAUCUUCAAGGCCAAUGGCAGUGUGCCAUACAAUCAAACAAUGUUAACCACUUUGUUGAAGGACUCCUUUGGAGGUCGAGCUCAGACUUUGGUCAUUGUGUGUGUGUCGCCCCUGGAGCGGGACAUCAAUGAGACCAUUUGCAAUAUGCAAUUUGCCUUCAAAGUGCAAUGCGUGCGCAAUUUUGUGGUGAUCAAUUCAUUUUCGGAUGACAAUACACCAGUAUCCCCGGAAGAUUUGCCUCCCGAAAUCAGAGAUGUCAAUAUAGGCUUGCCGCCGCCAGUGCAUGACAGUUUUGGGCUACAAUUUGCAGCCAGUCAAUACUCAAAAUUGGUAACCAAUGCCGAAGAUCUGUUAUCAAAAUUAAUUUCGUCGAAUGCCAUAAGUGAGACCGAAAAACAACAAAUUGAAGAAUGGCUGGUACAGAAGCAGGAGUGUGAGGACUGUCUCAAUUCAACAGAAUCCUUGCAAACAGACAACGCUUUGGGACCCAUACAAGAAGCCGACGAACAAGAUGAGGACAGCGAUCCCGAUGUCAGUGAUCCUGAAUCUCAGACUCCUUUACAGCAGAACUCUGAAAUCGAAUCCGAUGUCGAGUCACAGAGACCCGAUGUAGAGGAAAAGGUAGAAUAUUUAAUGGACGAUCUCAAGACGAAGACAGAUGAAAUGGUCAAAAAUAAAUAUCAAGAAUUCAUGGAAAGCCAUCCCAAGGGUGUUAUGGAAUCCCAGGAGAGUGGCCUCUUCAAAAAGGACAACAGCUACGAAGAGAAGCAAGACGAGCGUAAACCUUCUCUGGGUUCGGACAACUUGGCUAUUCGUACAGGUGGUGGCAGUGGUCCAGCUGGUCGCCGUCGUUCCAUACAACCAGGAGCCACCCUUUCGAGUGCAGAGAUUGCAAUGUUAAACAGGGUGGCGUCAAGAGAACGCAGCGAGAGUGACAGAUCAAAGGAAAAUCAGCAGUUGGAGCCUCAAGGCGAUGAUUUUCUAGAUAUUUCCAGUGAUAUGCCUGUAAGGCAACUUGCGAACUCGCCCACGGAGGCUAUACAGAAAAAAUUGCGCAAAUUAGACGCGGAUAUAGAGGCAAGACAAAAGCAAAUCAAAGAAGUCGAAGAAACUAUGCAAUUGAAGCAAAACAUCAUAACCGAAUUGAUAAAAAACAGUGAUACUCGCACCACGGCCAAACAAAGAUUCCAUAAGAAACGUGCCAAACUUGAGGCCGAAUAUGAAAAGACAAAAAAGUCCCUCAACAAGGCUAUGAUACAGCAGAGAGAUAAAAGCGAAUUGGAUCGCCUAAAGGCGGUCAUCACACAUUUGGAGCAGAGACUAAAUGAUGUCACAUCCAUAAAGCAUAUAGCGGGCGAGAGUGCUCAGAAGGUCAAGAAACUACAAACGUCUCUGCAAGAGAGCAAAAAACUUAUGGAAGAUUUACAAAAGAAAGUGAAAAAGGAAAGAAAAUUGCGGGAGGCGCUACAAAGCGAAAUGAAAGCCAUCAAGGAAAAGGAAAGUUCCAAGGCUCUGGUGAAGCAUGAUGUUGCCAACAAACAUCCCGAGGAAAAAACCAAACACUUGAAAGAUAUGCAGUCGCGAAUAGCUCAUUUGGAUCAUGUGCUCAAGGAGAAAUCUGAUAAUUUGGAACAGUAUCGAGACGACGAACAGCGCGGUGAAGGGCUACGCCACGAAAUACGAAAUUUGCGCAAAACCCGUGACCAUUUGCUCGAUCAACGGUGCUCGUUGGAUCGCAAGUUGAAACGUGAUAAGAUGUUGAGCCACAAGGAAGAGCGCAAGUUGCUGGAGUGUGAUGAGGCAAUAGAGGCCAUUGAUGCAGCCAUUGAGUUUAAAAAUGAGCUGAUAUGUGGCCACAAAUCCAUUGACACCAGUGAACGCUUGCAGCGUGAAAAGGGAGAGCAGAUGCUAAUGGCUCGCCUCAACAAGCUCUCAAAUGAAGAGAUGCGCACUCUGCUUUACAAAUACUUUACCAAAGUCAUAGACCUGAGGGAUUCAUCGCGCAAACUCGAAAUACAACUAGUGCAAUUGGAAAGAGAAAAGGAUGCCUGGGAAUGGAAGGAACGCGUACUGUCGAAUGCUGUGCGGCAGGCUCGUCUGGAAGGCGAACGCAAUGCAGUUUUGCUACAGCGUCAACAUGAAAUGAAACUGACGUUAAUGCUGCGUCAUUUGGCCGAGGAGACUUCAAAUUCUUCGGCUUCAUUUUCGGAUCAAUCACUGUCAGUGCCAAGAUUCUACAAACCCUCGCAUUUGGCGCUCGCCCCACCCACCACAUUGGCCAAUACUUGUUAUUCGGAUUCCGAAUUUGAGUGGCCUCACCAGCAGCAUGGCCAGAUCAAUAGCAAUUCGAAAAUUUUAAAAGCCAACAAAAUUAACGAUUUGGAAAUGUGUCCUCUACCCGAUGCCCCGUUGACCAAAUACAAGCCAUUAGAUAAAAUCAAAGAUAAGGAGAGAGAGACAAAAAACAAACUUUUUGCCAAAUUUCAAGUGUUAACGCGUUAUGCCAGCAAUCAACAGCAGAACGAUGACAGCAAUAUACCCUCGACUUCUUCCUCCAAUUCGAACAGCAAACGUAAGGACAAGGAGUCGUCGAUGUCAUCGACAACGUCACCUAAUCAGAAGCAUGAAAAUGCCGAAGUUUUAGCCCAUAUACCACAGAAGAAUCUAAAGCAACUAUCGGGAACUGCUCAAAAUACCAAGGUAACGCGACAAAAGAAUAAAAUAAUCAUACAGGACAAAUCAAGAAAGAAUUAAACAUAAAUCUACAACAAAAGAUGCAAGGUGCUGAGCAUAAGUAAGUAGCAGUAGCAGUAUUAGGUAAACAAAAGUAUAAUUCGACAAAGUAACUUCUUAAGUUGUUUAAUAGGCAUUCACAAUUCUCUGCACACUAUAUUUGCGUAAUCUGGCGGCCAAAUAAGUAGUUCUCUUUGGGGUGUGAUUGCUUAAGGUGGUACCCUAAAAGGAAAUAUACCAAUUAGUGUAUUUGUUUUUUACUUUAUUUUUGAAGGAUAUUCCUUGGGUUUUUUAUUGUAAUUUAACGAUUAUAGUUGGAAAAUGUUUUAGUUUUCCUUUCCUUUUUUUAUUUUUUUUUUCAUAAUUCGAUUCGUUUCUUAUCGGACACAAUUUUGGAUUUUUUUUCAAUGUCAUGUCCAAGGUGUGUCUAACAACCUCAAUCGCUAUCAGCUUCACACGGGGAACUUAGGUUCAUUGUGUCGUCCCGAAAUAGAUUCAAAAAGCGCUGAAGAACACAGACAAAAUUUAAGACAGUACGAUGCCAGACAUUACAAUGAAGAAGAUUAAAAGCCAACAUGCAUGACAAUAAUGGGGGCCAGGCGGACUGGAGAAGUUCCCUCCAAUAUGCUAUGUGCCUGAUAAUAAUUUAGACAUGACAAAAACACAUUCUUUUAGCCAUAAUCCUGCACCUACCCCCGUAAUUUCAGGCAGAGCGACAAAGGGGCUCAACCGUCUAUAAUGCUGUCCGCCAUGUAUCCAGCGCGACGUCAACUUCCUGACAUUGCUUGUCAGGACCCCUAUCAGUAGAGAGAGCAAUAGCUCUACCCAUCUAGGAGAUUUCCCCUAAAUACAGCAGCCCUAUUAGAGUUGAGCCCGAAAAACCCUGGUCUACCGUGGAAGGUUGAAGGCAUUCACUUGGUAGCUACAAUAACUUGGAGAAAACUAUUUAAACCUGCCAUUUUGUUUGUUUUGUGGGUAACUCCUCUGGAGCUAAUGGGAAUUUUGAAUAUUUUUAAUUUUUUUUCUAGCUUGAUACUCAAAAAUUAAUAAACUUUUUUCCCCUUACUCUGUUUGGUCGAAGCAAAUUUGCCGAAAACUUUAAAUCGAAUUUUCUUCGCCCUAUUUAAAAAUGUUGACAUAUCAAGUUGCCAAAAUGGCUUCGUUGUAGCAAUUCGGCGAAGCGGCCACCUUAUAAAUACGCCUUGGUCAUGUCUUUUGAGUUCCAAUUGUACCGGUAGCAUUUUAUGCCCGGCCUUGGGAGGUCCGUCCAUUGAAACAUGAACUCUAAUGUUUUUAUAUCAGAUUCGUUCUCUUCACCCAACAGCCUUUCAUUCUCGUCGGAACAUUCGACCGGUUUUUAUGCUCGUUUUGGGGGGUUUUCGGUGUGGGAUCGCGAACCGGAAUUUUGAUCCCAAAUUUUAUAACACAUUCGUACUCUUCUCCACAUGCCUUUCAUUAAA